UGGUCGAAGGUAUCAGCCGGAUAGAGGAGCCGCUCCUUGGAUUGAUCGAAUCAAAAUUUUAAAAUGCAAAUAAUUUAGUAAUUAUCGCGCUUCAAACAAAAGUUCAACACAGACACACGCUCAGCUGCUCGAAAGGUUUGUACGACGGAAUCUGCCGGGGAGGCCGGGACGAUUCCAGCGCCAGCGAUGACGGUGACCGGGACCGGGAUACGGUAACGUUCAUCAUGGGCGGUUGUCCGACGACUACUUCCGGUCUGCAGAUGUCGGCUCUGAACACUCUCAACACCGGAAUCGUGUCGCCGGCCACCGCUUCCGCCUAUCUGAGUAAUAGCGGCUAUCAGCAUCCGCAGGUCGUCGCUACACCGCAGUACUUCCACGGCAGCAAUAGCAGCAACAGUUUGAACCAUUCGAGUUCGAUUUCGUCCACCACGCCGUCCUCGCCACUUUCGUCACCGAUGUCCUACGGCAGCGGUAGUCCGGGACUUUCGAAAACCAUGAACGACAGUUCCCAAAGUUUGCACGAUGAAACUUUGAUCUCUUCCUCGAACGAACGGAAUGUGCCGCCGCGGUCCAAAAAGGCACCGCCCGCAAAGCCGCAGCCGAGCACAGUCGGAGGCAAGGCACCGAUGCCGCCGCCCCGGAAGACGCUAUCGUCGCAAAGCCUGUUUUCCCUGGCGCAGUCGAGCCACGGCGACCUGGUCCCCCUGGAAUCCCCAUCGUUGUCGCUUCCGGCGGGAACUAAAAUCGUAUCAACGUCAGCAACGGGAACGCCAACGGGACUUUUAUCUUCAGCAUCUGCGCUACAGCUCCAGCAACUCCUUGAUAGCGGCUCCACUCGACAGCAGCAGUCUCAUCAACCUGCUGCUCCAAGAUCCGGGUCCUCGCGGCAGUCGUCCCCGGGAGCGGCGACCGGAGAGGGUAGUGUCUCUUCCAGCAGUGCUAACAUCGUCACCACCGGUCCCGGAGGAGGACUCGAGCUGCACCUAUCUCAGUCGACCGGAAGACCCGGACUGGUGUCCUCGGCUAGCGCGGGAGGGCUCUCGCUCGGAUCGGACCUUGGAAGUACGGGCGGCGGAACGUCGACGCCAGGCACCGAUCACGACACCUACUCCACCGAUUCGUCCACCGUUGACGAGGACGUCAAGCGACGCCGACGGAAGCUGCACUUCCCAUUCGGGAAGCGGUUCAGCAAGAGCAAGAAGACCCAAUAGUAAGGUCGAUACUCUUCCAAGGGAAGACAGCACGGACAGUCGAGGGACGCUCAAAAAGCGAAGGAACAGCAUCUGACAAAGAUGGAAUGGCGCGAUCAGUUCCGUUCGAAAGGUUGUUGUAAGUCAUAGACGGAAAGCUCAGGUUAAAUGUGAUUUUAAAACGCGAAACAGAAUCGACGGAUAGAUGGCGUCCUGUCUUCCAGGGUUGGCCGUGGGUCUAAGUUACCGUUUUUUUUUGUUUCUAUUUUUGUAAAUGUUUUUAAUUUUGUCAACCUAACGAACUUUUCCAAGAGACGGAGAAUGAUUUCUGUUACGAAUCACGCCGAUCAUUUGAAUGUUGUAAAGUUGUAAAUUGUCUUUUUCUUUAAUCAGUGGAAUUAGGAAAUUAUCUCCAGCUUUCGAAAGCUUGUUAGAAAAGUUGGAGGAUAAUCGAAAAUUAUUGUUAAAACAAAUUUGAAAUCUGUUGACGAGUCUCCAAACCAGAGCUGAGGCAGGUGGGUAGUACGUUUGAAAAAAAAAACUAUUGCGUUUGAGAGAGAGAGAAAAAACAAUAGAACGUGCGGAUGUGAAAAGUGUAAUUUUAGGCGAAAGUAGCUUUCUUUUUGUGGAAUGUGAUCAAUCGAGAAGACAUUGAAUGGUAAGAGAAUACGGCAAAAAAGAAAGUGUUCGACCUUGUCCGGUUACCGCAUAAGAAAGGAGAAAGUAGAAACAUAACACAUAACUAGAGAGCGAUUACAGAAUUGCGAUCUAACCAAAAAAGUCUGACAAAAUUUUAGAGUUUAUCAUCGUGUUAGUCUAUCUUAAAAAAUAUGAAUAUUGUAGGAAGUAGAUUAUGUAUUUGCUUUGGUUUUUUUCCGCUUUUGUACAGUAGAUGAGAAUCAUAUUUGAAAGAGAGAAAAAAAUAUAUUGCAAAAUUUCCAGUUUAAAUUAAAGGUCGUUUUUUCAAGUGACGUUGGACAUUUUAUUGUCUUUUUUCGGUUCGGCUUAAUGGAUUUUUCUGGUACUUUAAAGAAAUAAAAGAGUGUCUUCCAAGUAACAGACUUCUAAUACAUAGCCAAUUUAGCAUAGAGGUUUUUUUGUUAAUUACUUUUGAUGGAAACGAGUUCCUAGCUCUUACUUUCAAUGUUGGUGCUGCGUAGCUUUGUCAAAUUUGUUUAUUCAUGAUUGUACUUUUGAACUCGUUUUUUUUCAGCAGAAAAGAACGAGUGCAAAAUUUAUUCUGUAACAAUUGUGCUCUAUUUUACGAUAUUUUUUUUCAAAUAUUUCUUUGAAAAUUUGUUAAAAACUUCAUUCGGACCAAAAGGAAAGUGACUAUUCUUCGUUUGUCUCAUAACUUUUUUCAUAUAAACUGUAGUCGAAAAAUGAGAUGUUUUAUAACCACUAGCUUACAAAACUUAAAUUUCUACAUAUCAGUUAAAUUUUUAGCAGAAUAUAAAAUUCUCCGGCUCCUCUACAAAGUUUGAAAGACUAUGGUAAAAGUUAACAAAAAAACACGAUUCGUUAGAAUUUCACUGGAGAGUUUCCUAGUCCCAAAGGCAUUCGAUGAAAUUCUAACGUGACAGAAACAUGUAAUCGACACUUUACAAAGAUAUUUCUGAAUAGUUGUACACCUAGGGCUUCCCAAUUCCCUUCGAUUUGACUCAUCAAAAGACACCAGAGGUAUUCCGUAGUAAGGUACGGGCUUCAGAUCCGGCUCGAAGGACCCUUAUGUUGGGUGUUUUGGUUAUCCUUUGUUUUAUUUGCUGGAAACGCUUGAGAGCCUUACUUGAAGUUCGAUCAAAUUGUCACUAUCUAAGAGUUCUACUGGUCAACAUCUAGUUCAGUGAAUUUCCUUAAUCUUUCUCUAUCAAAACUUCUGAAUUCAUGAUUCGUUGAAAUACCUCGUAGCGUUUCUCGGAUCAAAAUACAUUCGAACAAAAUCAAAUUUACAUCCAUUCAUCUUAACCUUAAUUUUCAGGUAUUCUUUUAAUUGGUCUCAACCUGAUGUAAACUGCUAUCGAACUGUUUCCAAACUUACCAAACAUUUUGUGAAAUUCUCAAAUUUAUGAAAUAGUGAAUCGAUUGGUAGGUACAAUUUUUAACCUUUUCCAGAAAACAAAAUUCAUCAUUCGUUGAAACUUCGUGGGCGCGUUCCUUAAUCCAAAAGUUGUCCGAACAAACUCUGAUUGCCUCAUUCCCCUUGAAAAAAAACCUGUUUGUGAGAGCUUGAUUGAAAUACCAACAGGAUCUCUAUCGAAUUGAAAAUGUUUCCAGCAUUCGGUAUUUAAAAUUCAUUCAAAAGAAUUAGAAAACCAUUUCCCUUUGAAACCUUUAUUCGGCCCACAUAGAACUUGAAAGUUUGCAGCAGUUUGCAGUUUCACGGAACUUUUGAUUUUUUUGGGAUGUAAACAAGGAUUCCCAAUAGUUUUUCACUCAUUAAGUGGAUUCGUCUUUAUCUAAAUGUCAUAUUGAUGAUGAAUUGAAAGAUUCUAACCAAGUAGCAAUCCCGUGAGCUCUUGAAAUGUAGUGGGGGUAUUUCUUUCCCCGAACGGCUUUCGAAUGAACUCGCAAUGCUCGUUGACGUUUUUACAGUGGAUCAAUUGAAUUAUCUUAUUUUUCUCGAAUACAGUUCUUAUUUCUUGGUUCAAAAAAGAUUUUGAAAAGCUUUAAUUUUUUUUUUCAAAUAUUACCAGCAUUUCAGCUGAUUCCCGGGUAUAAUCCUAGCUAUGCUAUUUAGACAGUUUAAAAAAAAAUCAAUCUUAAUCCGAUGGCUCAGAAGAAAAUUCGAAGUGUUUUUAAGUACAAAAUGGCAAGAACGCUAAAAUGUCCACUUAAAUAUUGAAUCUUAAUAGUCAAACAAUAUUUCAUCAGAUUUUGUCGGUACUUAGCUUAAUCUUUUUGAAGAGUACUUAUCCGCAUAUUUGUUACUUUGCAAUCUGUUAAUUCUAGCAAUAUAACUACGUCAAUUAAGCCUAUUUACCCGUUAAGAGUGCGUUAGAAAAAGGUUAACAAAUGUUCUCGUUUUUUUUAUUUCGAGAAACUAGUAAACAAAUACCAUUCCAGGACGAACAAACACGUGUUGUGUAUUUGCGAUAGUUAGCUUACGAGUAUUUGUAAAGCAAACAAACCACUUGCGCACAAUAAAUAUUUCAAAAUUAUGGGCAACACUCAGAUACAUUUGCUAUUCGCUAGAUUUUUUUAUCUCUCUUAAGGUCAUUUACUAGAGUCAAAAUGCGAAUAGGGUUGCUUUAAAUAGAGAGAUCAUUAACAACACAAACAAUUUUAAAUGUUUAGAUUCCUAGAAGUAGAAAAAUAGUUAGAGUUUGAGAUUGGAUGAGCGUGAAGUUCGUGUAUGCAAAGGAGUUUAGAAAAAAAAAUAGUCAGAAAGUGUACAAAAAACAAAGAAUUGUUGCGCGAGAGCUCUGAAACAAGUAGUUUGGUUCAGACGUUGUUUAAGUUAAAAAUUGUAACCAAUCCGUUUGAAACCCUUCUGUUGAGGGUUUAAGCGACGGGGAAAAAGAUGGUAUUAUUAUAAAAUAUAGUAAACUACUUCCUAAUUACUAGAUCAAAUGACAAAUAGGAACCCAAUUAAUCUAACAUUACCUUGACACAAGAACGUAUAUGACAAACUAAAACAAAAAUGUGAGAGAAAGAAAAAAGGAAAAAAAGAGGCACUUAGCCAAUUCCGCACUUUCAAAAAGGCGGCGAACCUUUGCGAGAAAUAUUUCUUCACAGUUGAAUAUUGUUGAGUGAUAGUAUAAAUAUUUGAAGAUAACGAAAAACAAAAAAAUCGAUCCCCCACAGCAGAAGUACCACUUCAAGCCUCAUUUGAGAAGCUUGUUGUUAAAGUCGUCUAAGUCUGGUAGAUUAUUUAACCAAUCACAAGUGUACUUUAAUCGAGAUACUGGCUUUAGGUUUAGAUUUAUACUUUUUUUAUUUUAAAUUUCCCUAAACCAUAGAGAUCGUUUUUGUUCUCGGUAGCCCACAAACUGGUGUAAUUAUUUAGUAGAGAGCACGUUUUAUUUGUAUCUGUUUCCUAUUAGACGGGCGCAAAACUACUACUAGGGAUAGUGAACACUUAUUUAUGAUGUCCUUUAUUCUAAUAGACCACUUAUUUAUAGAAGGGGAAAACGACUUAAUUUAUGUGCUUUUUGUGGCUAACCAUCAACUCUCUUAUUAUGGCGCACUACUGUUGGAUGCAAUGUUUUACUUUUUUUUGGUCAGCAAUACGUAUAGAAAGUUGCAAUGGUGGGAAAGAUAAGUAAGUGUAAGCUCACUUCAGGCAAGCAACAAUGAUCUUUAACAACAACAACAGCUAGGCAAUACUAGAGAAAUAAUUUUAUAAAGACCACACACACAAAAUGUUUUGAAUAACAAUGAAAAAUGAAAAAUAAAAAUCUAAAAAUAUUA